AUGACAACGAUGGUGCGUCAUGUGAUGGAAUAUGGCAAGCAAGAGUCCAAACAGUGGCCCUUUCGUUUGCGCCAUCAUAUCCCAUGCGUCGGCCACAUCUUUAAUCUCGCUGUGCAGGCGAUCCUCAAGAAUGGCUUAAAGGCCCAAGCACCCGAUAACGUGAUCGAACAUGACAUUUCAGAUGAGCCUGCCACUCCACUCGCCAAGCUACGAAAAGGGAUCCUAAAGAUUAGAUCCUCGCCUCAACGUAUCGCUGCCUUUGAGAGGAGACGUGACGCAAUGGAUUGUCCACCUUUGGCCUUGACACUCGAUGUUCGUACACGUUGGAAUUCAACAUACGAUAUGUUGAAUCGUGCUGUCAAGCUCAAGGAGGCAUACGUUGCCAUGACUGCACCUGGUUCCGAGCUUGAAGAAUUUGCCUUGUCAGCAUCAGACUGGACCAAGAUUCAGGGUAUCAUUGAGGUGUUGAAGCCUUUCGAGGACGCCACACAGACGCUGUCAUCAAGCAAGUCGCAUGCGUCUGUGAACAUGACCAUAUUGUGCUACAACCGUAUCAUGGAUGCUCUCGAGAAACUUGAAGAACGUAUGAUAGCCACCGAUCCCGAACUUUGUCAUGCCAUUCGUUGCGGCCUUGACAAGUUGGUACGCUACUACAGUCGUACCGACAUGACUGAGGUUUACGCUGUGGCGACUGCACUUGACCCACGUCUCAAGUUCAGGUGGUGGCGCCGUCAUGGCUGGGAAAAGGAAGGGUGCAAAUUCAGUGAAGAUCUGGUACGUGAGGCAUGGCGCAAGUUUUCUGGUGUGGUGGCGAUGGAUGAAGAAGUGACCGAAAGAGCCCAACAACUCCAUGAGCUCUUUUUGACGGAGCUUACAAAAGACGAGCUUUCGGAGUAUGUCGACCAGCCAACGAUAGCUCCUUUGGUGGCUCCUAGGAAAUCCGAUGAGCUUGUUUUUUGGGAGGUGAACCAGGCACAUUGGCCAAACCUUGCCACUAUGGCAGCUCAAUAUUUGGCAGUGCCUGCUACCUCGACUCCUUCCGAAAGAUGUUUCUCGUCAACACGCCUGCUCCUCCCCCAUGUUCGCAAUCGACUUUCCCCAGGCAUGAUCAAGCAACUCAUGCUGCUUGGCUAUUGGUUCGAUUUGAACAUUCAUUCAUAG